AUGGUGUGUGAUGAGAUGUACCGGUGCGAGGGGUACAGCGGUCACCAUUUCAAGAAGCACCUUGUACGUUUUGUCUUCAGACACAAACACUAUCUGAAAAAGAAGGGGGCGGUCGCCGGCGCCGCAGCCCUGGCCGCAGUCGCCACCUCGAAAAAGAAAGUGAUCCCGGUCCCUUUCCCGUUACCCAUACCGAUUAUUCACCAGCCAGUUAUUCACGACCCACUGUUAACGUUGAAGUACAUUAAGCAAGCUAAAUUCCAUAAUCUUGGUGUUGGUGGAUUACAUGGAGGUAUUGGU